GUUCACACAAAUUUUAUUGAACCAUUAGUGUUCAAUAAUUAGACAAUUUAGCUUUUGGUCAGUAGAACUCAAUACUCCUAUUCUGCUUAAUAUAAUGAGUAAAAAUUAAAAUUUGGAACGUAGUAUAAGACAAUUCUUCGGUGCAGAUCAAUAACAGACUUAAAUGAACACAAGUUUGAACAGUAUUACAAUCCGCAUCAUAAUGGGUCAUUUUUUCUCGAGGCGAUUCCAUGUGAGAUAUCAACGUGGGCUUCAUAUCCCACUGUGUUUAUGAAUUUUAUUUCCUUGUGCGGUCAUAUAUACAUAGGGAGGAGUAAUCACGAUUUGUGAAUUAGGGUGUCUGAACAUGUAACUAAAUGGCUGCGGAAACAUAAAAUCAAAUGAUGCAAUAAAAGUAGAUGAUAAACAUCUAUCUUCCUUCUAAGCUGAGAUGGGUGGUGGCUAACAGUGGAAUCUUCGACACUCAUUUCGUCAUAUUUGAGAUUCAUCAGCUGGAUGUACCUGCAUCCCAGUGUUGAUGCUCAACCCGGGACUCGAGCCCAGUGUCGUCCAUUAUCCAACUCUGCUUAUGAUGCUUGUGACUUACGGCAAUAUCGAGGAAAUCCGUACAUGAUUCAGAAAUGCUAAAAAAGACUGAUCAAUUACAGUCCUAAACAUCAUUCGGAAGAUUAAAGUAGUCAAUGCAAUUGAAUUGUUGGUGAAUGUCAGGAGAAUUUUUUCAUUUCAAUCUACAAAGUACGAUAGAGAGGUAGUGUAAUUGACAAAUGUUAAAAUAAUGUAACUAUCUUACCAUGUUAUUUUGAACUACACUUCAUUGAUUAUAGAUAGAUAAUAAGGAAAAUUAUGUGAGUUAUACCGCAUUGAAUAUCAAACCAGCAUUAUCGGUAUUGGUGGGAACAUCAAAGUUAUUUGAAUGUUCACAAUAGAGGGAGAUGUUUAUUUAUCGUAUACUCUCAUUAGGCUAUUGGGGUUCAUUUGUUUCGGUAACCAUUUAGAUAUGUAUUGAAUCACCUUUAUAUACGGAUCACGAAUUCUUCUAUGUCUAUGUGUUCAUGCAUAUACGUAAAUUGAUAAAUACAAGGAGUUAUGACAUACUGAUUGUUUACAUGUUGUUUAGAUUCUCAGUGAAGCAAAUGCCCUUAAUUUUCAGUAAUGAUGAUUUGGGCUGCGUUACUUUCCCUAAACUAUGCCAAUUUUCUUCUCUCUAGGUAUAUAUGAUCUCGUCAAUAAUUUGGGCUCUUUAGCGGCUCGUCUACUUUUCUUACCAUUGGAAGAAAGUUGUCAUUUUAUGUUUAGUCAAUGUAUUCAAAGAGAUGUCUCUCCAAAUAAACAAGACAAAAAAUUACUUAUGGAUGCAUUUCGUAUGCUUAAAACAGCUUUACGUAUUUCAAGUCUUAUAGCUUGGAUUGGUGUAACUUAUGCUCAAGCUAAUUCUCGUUUAUUAUUAAUGAUUUACGCUGGGCAUAGAUUAGCUGAUAAUUAUGUAGCAGUCAAUUUAUUACAAUUAUAUUCUGCUUAUGUUUUGUUACUUGCAUGGAAUGGUUCGACUGAAGCGCUGUUGAAUUCCGCAAUGUCAACAGAUGAAGUUUUACGUCACAAUCAACGUUUAAUAAUAUUUUCUACAAUAUUUCUUAGCGCAAAUUGGUUUCUUGUCCCAAUAUUCAAUGUAUACGGUUUUGUACUGGCCAACUGUAUUAAUAUGAUUACUCGUAUUUUAUAUAGUGUUUAUUAUAUUAACAAAUUUUUGGCAAAAAUUGAUGAACCAACGAAUAUUGAAAAACAAAACAACUUGGAUGAUGAUGAUAAUGAUAGCAGCUGCAGUAGUAGUGGUAAAUCAUCGACUUUCGUGGUGUUAUCAAACUGUGAAAUGGAAAAAUUCUCAAAUAUUUCAUUAUUAUCAUUAAUGUUCCCAUCAUAUAGUGAAAUGUGCAUUCUGUCCAUUUCACUUGUAUGUACUUUAAUUUCACAAUACUUUUUUGUUGUUCUUUUGGCAUUCUAUGGAUGA